AUGCAGCAGCAAAAUUGCAAGAGCAAACCGCAGCCAGUUCUUCCGAAGCGGAUAAUUUUAAUGCGGCACGGCGAGUCUCAGGGCAAUCUAGACACCGCCGCCUACACCACCACCCCCGACAACAAAAUCCCACUAACGGACGUGGGCCUGGCCCAGGCCCACCUCGCCGGCGCCCACCUCCACCGCGUCAUCUCCGACAUCGACACCAACAACCCCAACUGGCGCGUCUACUUCUACGUCUCUCCCUACGAGAGGACGCGCUCCACGCUUUGUCAGAUCGGACGGUCCUUCUCCCGGACACGUGUCAUCGGCGUCCGCGAGGAGUGCCGGCUACGGGAGCAGGACUUCGGCAACUUUCAAGUGCAGGAUCGGAUGAAGGCCAUUAAGGAGACCCGGGAGAAGUUUGGCCGCUUCUUCUAUCGGUUUCCGGAGGGAGAGUCCGCCGCUGAUGUCUACGAUCGUGUUUCAAGUUUUCUUGAAUCAUUAUGGAGGGACAUUGACAUGAACAGGCUUCGCCAUGACCCUUGCCAUGACCUCAAUCUUAUAAUAAUAUCACACGGGAUAACGUCACGCGUCUUCCUCAUGAAGUGGUUCAAGUGGACGGUUGAGCAAUUCGAGCACCUAAACAAUCUUGGAAAUUGCGAAUUUCAAGUGAUGCAAUUAGGAAAGGGCGGAGAAUACAGCUUAGCAAUCCAUCACAGUGAGGAACAACUAGUAGAAUGGGGUCUCUCCCCUGAAAUGAUAGCUGACCAAAAGUGGCGAGCCCAUGCCAACAGGGGUGAUUUGGAUGAGCGUUGCCCCUGGUACCUUGAUACUUUUUUCAACCGUCUAGCUGACUCGGAAGACAGCGGAGAAAGUGAAGACAUUUGGCAUGAAACUGAUGAAAAGAUUCAGCAAUCAAAUUGA